UGCUUAAUCAGUCAGGUAUCAUCCCCUUCCUUUUCUCUCCAACUUUUUUUAUCAGUAUUUUGUUAAUAGAUUUCAAUUUCUGAUUGAAUUACUUCCAAAAAUUUUCCAAAAAAAGUUUCUUUACCUCAUUUGCUGCAUUCAUUUUCAUCCCUCUCUCUGUAUUGCUACGGUUUAUUUCUCCUUUAGUUGCUGUACUCCUCAGGGAAUUAAAAUUCCCAGGGUACCUCUUUUGAAUCCUUUCUUAUAAACAGUCUCAAUGUUGUUCACUUAUAUGUUUCCCUUAUCCCUUGUUUCUUCUGUGCUUCACUCUUAGAAGUAUCAAUUCCUGGAGAACAUAGAGAAGAAAGAAGAGUUACCUAAUGAUAGAAAUUUUCCUAUGUCCCUGAUUGUGCAGCUCAUUAUACCCACUGACUUCUUUUGUGAUCAUUUUCUUUGUCAUUUACCAUGAGUUCAUUCUGGGUCCAUGUCCUCCCAACUUUCUGGGUGCCAGCUGUCCCCAGAAGGUGUGAUUCACCUCCUCCUAAGGCAGGAUGCCGGCUGUGGAGGUACAACACUUUCUCCAAGGUCGUAGUCUCUCUGAGCACCAAAUCCCUGCAGAUUCACCCAUGGCAAAAUUCGUGUCUUCCAUUUAUAGAAUAUCUGUCUUCACUCCACUCCCAUGGCAAUGUUCUUUAGUGCUACCUCCCUCCAAGGCAUCACUGAAUUGAGAUUUCUCCCUUUCUUUCCCCUCGUUUCAAUCCCUCUUUUGUCAUCUCUCCCAUUGCUCUUCAUCCCGAGAGAUUAGAGGAGCUAUUUUCCCUUCUUUGUUUACUGUUGACUUGUUUUGGGUCCAUAACACACUAACAUAGUCCCAACUAUCUUCUUCCUUUAUUCUCUUUUUAUGCACCCUCUAAUUCUGCAAUUUAGUCCUACAAAAAAUCUCGAUACGUCUGUAGUUGGAGUGUUAUGUGGUUUAGACCAUGGCAUGUCAGGCUUAAAAAAGCAUUUUUAUAAAAUAUUAAGAUGAAGAGCCUUACAAGUGCCCAGUGAAUGAAUGGGAUAUAUUCUAAAGAAAUGAGCAGCUCUCUUCCCUCUGGCACCCUUAACUUCUGACUGCUUCAGCUAAGGGCUUUGAGGUACCACCGAGACUAGGGCUCUCUCGGAUAUUAACAAGUUCAAUUUACCCAAAAACCCCCAAAACAUUGAGCACCCUUUAUGUUCCAGGCCAAUCCCUGCCUUUAAGGAGAUUGCAGAUUAGUGAGGGGGAUGUAAUAGUAUAGCUGGAGGAAAUUUAAGGCAGGAUCGAGUAAUAAUUGGGUGGAUCGGGGAGAAGGUGGCAGUCAUGAAAGGCUUCACAUAGGAGGUAGCAACUGAGCUGACUCUUGGAGAAAGAAAAGGAUGCCGGGAGCCAGAGCUGACGAGGGAGGACAGACAGUACAAGGGCGAUGGAAAAGGAAGUAGGUUGCUGAGUUUGAGGAAUAUCCAGGAGGCCAACUGGGCUGGGACAUAGCUAUGGGAAGUAAAGUCCCAUAAAAUCAGUCGGAAAAGAUAGAUGGGAGCCAGAGUUGGGAGGACCUUCAAGACUUGGCUGAGAAAUCUAACAUUCAGUGGGAGAUAGUGACCAGAACUGUGGGGUUGCCAGUCUGAUGCAGUCUGCCUGUGAAACCCUUCUGACAUUAAUUAAGCCUCCCCAUCAAUGGCCUAAAUAACUAAAACUAGAAGUUACAGAACGAGCCUAGAUGGCCGUGGUGGACAUAACCCACUCACGGAGAGUUUCAGGCACCAGUUAAAUCACAAGCUGGGAGUUUAUGCCAGUCACUAGGGAGACAACAAAGGUUUUUUGAACUGGAGAACAGUGUGGUCAAAUCUGGGUCUUACACAGAUGAUUUUUGACAGGAUGGAUGGGGGCCGGGGGCGGAGAGAGAGAGAACUCAAAGAAAUCCCCGUUUUCUGAGUCCCUACCAGGGGCGAGCAUCUGUGCGAGGAGAUGGAAUCACAGACAACUUCGGGACGCUCAGGAAACCAGCUUGGGAAGUGAGAAGUCCACUGACGACAGUCACCGACAACCCCCGGUAGCCUCAGCUCUGGCCAGUACAGAGUAGAGAUAAAGGAUCUACCCGCAUUGGUCCCUUUUGACUGAAGUAAUUCAGACCCUGUUAAGCUUUGGGGGAAGUAUCAGAUCCUUGAUUUUAACAUGGAAAUGGCAGCUUUUAGGUUAUACUUGAGAUUGCCCCCAAGGAUCCUUGAUUUAGAGUGGAAGGGACCUUGGAGGUCUAGUCCAAUCCCCUCAAUUUCCCGAGUAGGAAACUGAGGCCCAGGAAGGGGAAGGGAUGAAGAGGUGCGGCUGGCACUUGAAGGAUCACAGGCCUCUCCCAAAUCAGCCCUUUUUCCAUUAUGUAAAUGGUUCCUUAUUUCCGGAAAGUCUUUCCUUUGGGCCACUCAUCUUGCUCCUCCUGUGUCUCCUGAUUUUCUUCUCCUCACACUGAGUCCAUGAAUCAUCCCAGCGGGCCCGAGCUUGGAAAUAGGGACAAUUUCCCAAGGGCCUUCUAAACCAGAACCUGCUUCUCCGGGGUGCUUGUUUACUCAUUUGAUCUUCUGCUUCUUACAUCACUUAUCCCCCAAAGACUCCCUUCCUCUUAUCCUCCUUUUAUUCCCUGAAGGGAAAUUAGUGGCUCCCAGGGAGCUGUAGGGAAGGAUUGGGAGGUUGCAUUUCUCCCCCCACCUCCCCAUGCACUUCUUAAAUUUCUCCCCAUUAAGUAGCCACUUCCUGACGAGUGCCAGGGUGGCAAGGGUGGGAGAGGGGAUUUCUGAGACCUCACUGGUGAGUGGCUAUGGGUAGAACCUCUGUGGGUUAUGGGGCGUCUGUUCUGGGGUGACCUGGUUGGGAGCAGGGGGGAAUCUGUCUUGUUGACUGUGAGACCUUGUGUUUAUGUCCCUAUCCAGUUAAAUGCUGGUCCCUGGACUUGGCUGCCAGCAGGCAAGAAUGGGGGUUCCUUCCAGGGACCCCUCAUUGGGAUCUGGCCCAUCCAUACCCCUUCUUUAGAGUCAGUCAUCUGAAAGCUCUUUUAUUGGAGGGAUUGGGGAGGGAUCGGGCCGUGGCUCCAAUCUGCCCUGGUGGCACAAUACAAAGUUCCGCUUAGUCAGCUGAGAGCUAGAACCCUUCAUCCAUCCGGGCUCCAUCUGAGCAGAGUGGGUUCUUGGGUUCCCCCCCUUCCUGAUGUGAGCUAGCCCAGAGCUCUGCCGGUCCUGAAGCAGCAGGUUCUCCUGCUGGCUCUCAGUUUAUCUGGACACCUGCACUUGGAGGCGUGGUUCUGCCAAGCCUCUGAGCCCCAGUGGUUCUCAUUGUGAGAGAAGUAUCUCGCCUUGGACCUCCUCCUUUGUCUAGCCAUUUUUAUCCACCGUUCUCUGGCUCUCAUGGUGACGUUUAGAGCCCUUUGUCCACAGCUUGGGUGAGCUCUGCCACCCUUAUUUAAACUUCAUUUCUUGCCCUGUGUCACACCAGAAAUUGGGUGGCGGCCACUCCAGCAGGGACCAGCAUCAGCGCCAAGAGGGCAAGGCAGUGUUCCUGGCCGGAGCAGGGCAGAUAUUGAGAGGUAAGGAUUGGCCAGUGAUCCAUAACGUAGGGAGUGAAGGUUGGUGCUAGGAGGGCUAGUUACUAGUCGACAGUUACCAGUGAUUAGGGACAAAUGGAGAUGUUCUAGCUAUAGCAGUGAAAGCAAGAUAGGGCAAAGAGGUCUUGAGGGUUAAAGACAGCAGGAGUCAGAAAUCCUGAUGGGGAGUCUGAGGUAACAGCAGUACCACCGAGUAUAGAAAAACUCUAGAGAGGCUAAUCUCCAACGGGGACCACUUGGCAUUAAACCUCCUCUCCACAUGUUGGCCUUGGACAAUCCGGAGCAAUGACCACCAGGGGGAGUGACCAGACGGGGUGAUCUGGGUUUGAGCAGAGACAGGAGUUGCAAGUCCAGGGACUGGCAAAAUUGGCCCAGCAGCUUCCAAUGUGGAGAGAGGCACCUCCACAGAUUAGAUUCAAACAGUUCUAGAUUUGAACAGGCCUUUCAUACAGAGGGCAGACUUGUAGGCCAUUAGUUUGAAGCUGGGUACGGCUGGGUGGGAUAUUAGAGAGCGGGAGCAGAAUAAGGCGGGCCUUUGGCCUGACGUGAGCUCGGAGCCCAUGGUGCCUGGGUGGCCGGAAUGAUGUGGCUGCAUAGCUUUCCUUCCUGUCCUGCACGUUGCUCUUGAUGCCAUGUCAGGAUUCCUGACUCUUGUAGAGAGCCAGACCAUUGGAGUCCAGACCACUGGGGUCACCAACUUAGCCUUGUAGAGGCCCCCGGUCCCCCUUCAGUGUGUGACCUCCAUCCCAUAUACUGGGCACAAGUACGCCAUCACUGCUACAACGGCCACCUUCCCGUGUUGUCUGGCUCCCAUUCUCCCUUCGCCACGGGCCUGAGGAUGAGAAAUGGAGGCAGUGGUGAGCCAGACUUGGAAGGAGGCAAGUGUCACCACUCUAGGAGUUCAGAUAGGGCAGGGCGGUUCUGGCCAUCUCCUGUCCCUGGGGAAUGUGUUGAGGAGGAGGAGGAGGAGGAGGAGGAGGAGGAGGAAGGCAUUACCCAGUCACGGCCUAAAUCUGACACCCCUUCCACUUCCCUUCCUUCGUCCUCCAUUCCCAAAUGUGUUCCAUCUGUGAGCCCAAUGUCCAGGCCCUCAUGCUCUUAACCCAUCUCCCCACAGGCUCAGUUGUUCAUGGGGGCGGUGACCCCAGUCCCCCUGCCCAGGGCAAAUGGGACUCCGGUUUCUGAGUUCCUUUUGGAGGGUCUGACAGAUGAAAAGGAUCUGAAGCUAGUGCUCUUCACCAUCUUUCUGCUGGUCUAUAUCGUGGCCCUGGCCGGAAACCUGGGUAUCACCAGCCUCAUUAUUGCGGACCAAAGGCUCCACACACCCAUGUAUUUCUUUCUGGCCAACCUCUCACUUCUUGACGCCGCCUAUGUCUCCAACAGCGUCCCUCAGGUUCUGGCCCACCUGUUGGCCGCCGAGAGACUCAUGUCCUAUGGUGCCUGCCUCACCCAGAUGUUUUUUCUCCACUUUCUGGCGCCCUGGGAGUGCUUCCUACUCACAGCCAUGGCCUAUGACCGCUAUGCCGCCAUAUGCCGGCCACUUCACUACCUGGUCCUCAUGGGCCCCCGGACUCGGGCAACACUUGCCUCAAUUUCCUGCCUGCUUGCACUAACCAAUGCACUCACCCACACGCUCCUGGCAACCAAGCUUGACUUCUGUGGGCCACGCCUGGUUACCCACUUCUUCUGCGACCUGCCCCCACUCCUGAAGCUCGCCUGUUCUAGCACACGGCUCAAUGAACUGGGCCUCUUCGUCUUUAGCUUUGUGGUGGCCCUCAUCCCCUGCGCUCUGGUUGUGGUCUCGUACGUCAACGUGGUAGCCGCCAUCCUUCGGAUCCGCUCGGCUGAGGGCCGCCAGAAAGCUUUCUCCACAUGUGCCGCCCACCUGACCAUGGUCUGCAUCUUCUACAUCACCUCCGUGCUCUGCUACAUCCUCCCCAGCUCCUCGUACUCGAGGACGCGGAGCCGGGUCUUCGCGGUGCUUUAUACCAUCAUCACACCCAUGCUCAACCCCAUUAUCUACAGCAUGCGCAACAAGGAAGUCAAGAGGGCAGUGUACAAGGUGCUGGGAAGAGAAGGGCCUGCUUGAAGAGGGUAGCGACCCAGAAAGGCAGAGCCAGCGGGGAGAACGGCCCGAACCCGGGAUGUAGCAAUAGCCGUGUGCCAUUCUAGAUUCCCUUCUGCUCGACAAAGUCCAAUCCUCCCAGCUCCCCAUCAGUACUAUUCCUAUUGGGCAGGCUCUCAAACAGGGUCACUUUAGGAUGAGCCAGUUCUUCUCGUUGUAAGCCCCAAGCUCUUACCAGUACAUAAUGCUGCCUCUCUGAGAGGAUCUUUUAUACUUCUCUGAGAUAGGCACACCUUUUAAGUUCUACAGCUUUUUUUUUUUCCCUGAGGCCAUUGGGGUUAAGUGACUUGC